AUGUCUGACAAUGCGAUCGACAAAAUGAGCCCUGAAGAUCGUUGUAAUCCGGUGAAAGCAGUGAAAAUUGGUUAUGUGGAAAUAUGUCGGGAAAUCGGCCGAGCUCAUCGUCGGCUCCCUGCUAAAAGUUUAAUUGCUAUGAAUAGAGUUACCAAGUUCUAUCAAUCAGAAGCUAACGAAAUCCUCAAAGAGUGCAGCAAACUAGAUCGAAUGUUGAUACGAAGAAAUAAUCCAGAAGCCGAAACUGAGAGUAAUUCGACGGUGUCAAUCGAAGAAAUUAUGUCUGGGAUAAAAUCGGCUCGAAAAGAAUCUUAUGUUAGUGAAAAAUCGGCUUCAGAAGAUCCUUCAAAGUUGAACGAUGCGACAAUCGAUGAUGAAGAAUUUUCUACUGAAACAAACCCUGGUAACAAUAUUGACGCUGCCGGAUAUGAAAUUAUAACUUCAACUCCACGCAAUUCUUCAAAACAGAAGACUACAAAUUCAAAUGGGUCAAGGAAGAGAACAAGAACAUUUUCGCGUGCAAUUAGCACACAGACGGAAGAAGACCCACAACCUUCCUCAAGUCGCCAGCGCAUACAAAAGCCUCUACUACCUUCUCUUCCAUUUGGGCAACUUAUUGUCUUGGAUAAGAAUGGAACUCCAUGUAAACUUGUCAUUAUGUCAAUAAACCCAAACUACUAUACUAAUUUUAAUAAAUAG